CGACUAGUCACAACAUUGCUAGAGAAACGGCGGUCCUCGUGCCGCCUCCACCGCCAUCUAGCCGCCUCCGCGGGUCGCGAUUCCACGUUGGGGCUCUAAAUAAUAUUGAUUGGCAUGUUCUCAGCGGUGAUUGUUUAGUAAGUCAGCGGAAGCUAAAAUGGGCAAUUCGUUUACGAUUAACAUGGAAGAGAAUUUCCGAAAAAAUCAAGAGUUCAUCACCGAAAUGAACACGAUAAAAAUCGAAAGGCAAAUCCAGAUGAGGAACCAAAUGAGGGAGAGACUCGUGGCUUUGGAGAUUGCUAAAUCGAGAGAAUUGUUCUUUUGGUUCAGCGCUUUUUAUUUGACGAGUUUCACUUGGGCUGUUACUUGCUACAGAUAUAAAAGGAAGCCGGUAUUUUUAGUACCAUUAGUGCCGUUAACGUUCAUCAUCGCCUAUCAGGCGGAUCUUGCUUACGGCACAAAGUUGCAUCGUAUUAUAGUUGAAUCUGAACAUAUUUUAAAAUUCGAACGUGAUUUAUUGCAAUUACCGCUAGGAGUACCUACGGCGUCCGCACUUGACCAGAAACGCAUGGAGAAUGAUGAAAACAAAAAGUUGCACCUCGUAGUGACUUCGUGAAAUAAUAUAAAUUUCAAUUAUGCAUUUUAAACGUGAAAUUUUCGACUUGUGAUAAAAUUAAGCAAUUCCUGUGUCUCAAACGUUGUUUCAAAUUUCGUCUUUUACUGUGUAUUACCUUAAAAUUAUAUAUUCUAUUAUAAUAAAAAACUUAUUAUAAUAUUAGUUGGGUCCAUUUAAAAAUGUAGUUUAUUAAACUUAAAAUGUGCA